GGUACAACAAAUAAUCGGUGUUCCUGCAACAGUCCUCUUCUCUUUUCUCUUCCUCUCGUACCUUCAUCAUCAUCCCCUUCCUCCAGUCCAGUACCCACAGAUGUGGCUCCCAUCUCCUGCCGCCGAUGGCAACUCCAACGCCAAAAUCAAAGCCAGAUUCUCCUCCUCCUCUUCAUCCUUCUCCCGCUCUUCUUCUUCUUUUUCUUCUUCUUCCUUCUCCUCCGUCCCCGUUCCCCCAGCACCAAAGCGUAAAAGUAUGGAAGAAGUCUGGAAACACAUUGACCUCUCCACCCUCGCCCACGAAAGCCAGCCGCCGACCACCGUCUGUAGCGAUCAGCACCACUUCAAUAUGCGCCGCAUGAUCUUACAGGAUUUUCUUGCGAGCGCUUUCGAAAGCCAGCCGAGAUCUCCCGUCGCCAACGAGCUGCCUCAAUUUCCCCUUCCCCCAACUGCGCUCAGCCUUAGCAAUGGGAUGGGCGGCCCGAUCGCUCCGCUGAAGCUUCCCCUUCACGCUGCUACAUCCAUGUCGGCGAAGAAGCAUCCUCUCGACGACGUUUGCUCCAACUCAAAAGAUGACCGCCACCUUAAGCGAAUGAUGAAGAACCGCGAGUCCGCCGCCCGUUCUCGGGCACGAAAGCAGGCAUACACUAACGAGCUGGAGUUGGAAGUGGCUAACAGGGCAGAGGAGAAUGCGAGGUUAAAGAAACAGAACGAGGAACUUAGAAAGGCAAUAGCUGCUCAGAUUCCCAAAAAGGAUUUUCUUCAGAGAACUUCAUCCGCGCCAUUUUAAAGGAGAAAACUUGUUGGUUCUCAUGUGGUAAGAGAGACCUGGCAGCGGUAAAUCCGCUAGUUUUUCUCUUUGCUUUAUUUGCUCCUUCCCAUCUUUCGACACUGCAAAACGGCGGAUAGGAAGGGAAAGGAGAUGGAUUGUUGUAAUGGAGCCGGGUAGAUCUGUCUCUCCAGAAAUGAAAAAAACUCUUACUAUAGUUUUGUUAUAAUUUUCAUUUGUUUUCUCUAUUUUGUUUCUUCUUUUCUGUGCGAGGGGAGAGGGAAAUGUCAGGAUUUGAAAGCCUAAUUUAUUGCCUUGUAAAAGAAUA